AAAAAAAAAAAAAAGAAGGUUUCAACAACAGGCUGGGCCAAUGGCAAGUGGCGAGGCAGGGAAAGGGGGCCGAGCGAAGGGAGAAAAAGUGGAGAAAGGGAGAAAGAGAGAGAGAAAGCGCAGGCUGGGGGGGUUGAGUAAAAGAAGAAGCGUUGCUAAUUUUUUUUGUUUGUUUGCUUUUCCAUGCAUGCAUAAUGAAGCCUAAUCAGAGCACGUUGCUGCUGCUUGGAGGGCACUUUUGUAUUUAAAGCCUUGCAAAGAAAAAAAGAUCCACAGACGGAUCCACAGAGCAGCUUGCAGGGCUUGUUGACAACAGAAGCAGCAUCAGUCGCCCGGAGAGAAAGAGACCGCGAAGGCUGACUCUUCUCCUUUCCCAGUGCUCUCGUCUUGGUAGCGAGGAAAGACAUUUCUUCUCCGCGCUACCCGAAAGCGUGAUCCGAACCGAGAAGGACUGAGCGGAGCCGGGACUGUGUAUGGGAUCGGAGCGGCUGGCAUGUGCAGAGAUGCUGCGAGCGGAGAGUUAAAAGCUCCCGAGGAAGCAGCAGCAGCAGCUGGGCAUUUAUUUUGUGGGGAAAAAAAAUAAAAGAGAGACGGAACUGCAUGAAGAGCAGUACAGCACCAUGAGCUCUCCUGGCGCAGCUUGCGAUUCCCCGAGCGCACUACGGAUCCGCUGUCGUCCGAGCCCCGGUUUGCACUGACUCCCUGCGCCUCCCCGGGCGCCUUCGCCGCCGCCUCGCCGAGCCCGGAGCAGCGGGUGGGCGACACGGGAAGGCCCCCAGGCGCCUGCUUCGUACCGCCGCCCCGCCGGCUUCAGCUGCCGGGGGCUAGAGAGCCCCGGGCCCGGCGCGCAUGGAUUGAUGCGAGGAGACCUCAUGCACACGGCCGGCGGGAGUUUUGGAAACUUUUCCACGGGCGGCAGCUCCUUCUCCUUCUCGUCUACCAGCGCCUCUUCCCAGCUCGCCCGCGGCUGCAGCCAAUCCCCCUGUCCGCGAUGGUGGCCCGCUCGCCCGAUCGGCACGGAGGCGGCGGCCGGCGCUGGCCGCGGGCGGCCGCCUGGCUGUGGCUGGCGGCGGCGCUGGGCGCCGUGUGGCCGCCUCGGGGCUCGCUGGUGCAGGGCCGGCGGCUGAUCUGCUGGCAGGCGGUGCUGCAGUGUCAGGGGGAGCCCGAGUGCAGCUACGCGUACAACCAGUACGCCGAGGCGUGCGCCCCGGUGCUCCUGCAGCAGCAGCCGCCGCCGGCGGGCGGAGGGGACGGCCCGGCGGGCGCAGCAGGCGCGGCCGCCUCGUCCAGGCGGCGGUGCCCUAGCCACUGCAUCGCGGCGCUCAUCCAGCUCAACCACACCCGGCGUGGCCCGGCGCUGGAGGACUGCGACUGCGCGCAGGACGAGAACUGCCGCGCCACCAAGCGCGCCAUCGAGCCUUGCCUGCCCCGCACCAGCAGCCCCACGGGCGGCGGCCCCGGGGGCGGCGGCCCCGGCGGCCCCGGCGUCAUGGGCUGCACGGAGGCGCGGCGGCGCUGCGAUUGGGACAGCCGCUGCAGCCUGGCGCUGAACCGCUACAUGACCUACUGCGGGAAGCUGUUCAACGGGCUGCGCUGCACGCCCGAGUGCCGCGCCGUCAUCGAGGACAUGCUGGCCGUGCCCAAGGCCGUGCUGCUCAACGACUGCGUCUGCGACGGCCUGGAGCGGCCCAUCUGCGAGUCGGUCAAGGAGAACAUGGCCCGCCUCUGCUUCGGCGCCGACAUGGGCGGCAACGGCGCGGGCAGCAGCGGCGGCUCGGACGGCGGCCUGGAGGAGUACUACGAUGAGGACUACGAGGAGGAGCCGAGCCAGAAGGGGAGGGACGACGCGGAGGACAAUGCGGGCGCCGAGCCCGGCUUCCCCGUGCAGGCAGAUAACGCUGGCCGGCCCGCCGGGGCGGCUGGGGCGCUGCUCGCCUCCAUCUUGGUGCCGCUGCUGCCGCGGCUCUAGCAUCCCUCCCUUCCUGCACCCCUCCUGCCUGCCUGCUUCCCAUCGCUGCCUCCCUCCAUCGCUGCCUCCCUCCGCACCCCCAUCCCCUUCGCCGG